AAGUUUCAAGUUCAACAUUGGUGAAAUUUAGUCUCAUAGCUAAUCUUAUUAGAAAAUUGUAAAUUCCUCUCACCUCUAUCGCUAAUAUAAGAGCCUUGGGGUUGUCGAAUAAAGUAAUUUUACUGUUGUUUAGAAGUUGCUUAAAAUGAAGAAAGUAAUUUUCUUGUGUUUAUUAUCGGUAUCCUUAUGCGUCAGCAAACCUGCUAAUGAAGGUGCCGCACAAGCAUCACCACAAACACUCAAUUCUACAGUGCCUUCUAAAGGGGCAGAAUCUUCAACAGUUCCCAUUCCAAUCCCAAUUCCCAAUCUAGGCAUAAAUGGUACUGUUGCCACACAAGCAGCUCCAAACCAAACUAAAGAAGUAACAGAGGCAGCUACUCCAGUUACUGAGAAAUCUAGCCAACCCAUAGAUAACAAAACUUCUGAAAAGAAAGAAGAGAUAAAAGAAAAUUCAGCUAACCCAACUAAAGCUACACCCCAAGAGAAGCCCCAAGAAAAAUCCAGCACCAGCAAGACUGAAGAAGCUGUAACACCCCCUGUCAUUCCUUCAAAGGAAGUCCCAACUAAAGCAACUUCUACUGUGGCGCCAUAUGAUAAUGCUACAGCUCGUCCCAAAGAAGGACAUCCAGGGUUUGAUGGAGCUAGUUUUGUAGGUGGAAUAAUAUUAACCAUGGGUCUUCUGGCCAUUGGGUUUAUGGGUUUCAAAUACUACAAGAACCACACUGAAAGAAACUACCAUACUCUUUAAAAAGUUAAUUUAUAGUUAUGUAAGAUAUGUAAGUGCACCAAGCUAUUUUUAUUUUUGUAAUUAUUUGUAAUCUUAGGUUAUGUUGCAAUGGAAUGGAACUUAUAAAUUGUAUUCAGCUAGAAUCUCUUACAGUAAAUUGCUGUGAUAUUUAAUCAUUGCUUCACCAAAUUAAAAAAGGCUUUAAUGGGUGUAGGUUAAAUCUUAUUUCAUAUAUAAUAUUUUAGUAAUUUGCUUCAUCAUACUAUUGCAGCAAAACCUAUUUUGUCUAUAGAAAAGAUUGUUUUAAGUUUUUAAGUGCACAUUACAUUGUCUAUAAAUAAUAUAUAACAGGGUUCUGUUUACUGUAGUUUAAGUAAAUUUGUCUGUAAAACUGGUGGUUGGUUCUAUAUAAUUACCCGAAUUUAUAAUUUUUAUGUUUCUCAAAAAUAGUACGUAUUUUUAUAUUGUAGUUAUUGUUUGGGCAUUUCAAUAUAUACAUCCUUAUUUGUAAUACAAAAUAUGUGUAUAUAUUGGCAUAUUUAAGACUUUCUGAGACAUAUUGCAAUGUAUUUUUAUGAUCUGAAGAUAUUGAUUACUACAUGAUAUUAAAGUGUGUUGAAUUUUCAAAGUUUGAUAUAUAAAGUUUAAGAACUUUAAAUAGGGUAAAAUGAGUGCAAUUAGAGCCUUAGAUUUUUUAUUCUUAUAUGGAUCUGUAUUCCUGUGCCAUUAAUAUUUGAAAAGCUAUUUCACUUUUUUUUUUCAAAUUGGCCUAAGCAAAUGCACUUGUAUUAAUUAAUAUAAGAAAGUAAUAUAUAACAGAAAAAUGUGGUCUAAUUCAUUUUCAUGUCAUUUGUAAUGAAUCUCAAUAUUUGGUUUGCUUUUUUAUAUUGAAUCUCUGAUAGUCACAUUUGGGCUAUAUUUUCAUCUGAACAAGUUGAUUCCAUCCUAAAGUGCUCUUAAAUCUGAACUAUUUUAUAAUAAAACUAUUCAGACAUCACUCAUGUCACAUUCAAUAGUUGUGUUUAAUAAAUGUUUAAACAAAU